AGAAAGAAGAAGACGUCAGAUAACCUAUGGCUCCUGCUCCGGCUCCUACGGUACAUCAUUGACCUCCUGGGUCCGCCACCAGACCACAUUAUUAAGGAAGGGAGGAAAUCAAGGGAAUACUUCCAGUCAGAUUCCCAACAAUGGAGGCUCACGGAAUUCUCGGUAUGGUCUAAGACUGAUGACAGGUCCUACUCAUUCCGGUCCCUGGAUGAAAUAAUAAAGAUGUGUCUGAAGAAAGUUAGAAGAUUAAGGGAGUGCAUCAACCUCUUAAAGGCCAUGUUCCCGUGGGAUGGGAGGGAGAGGAUUACCCCCAACGAAGUCCUCACCCAUCCGUUUAUUACCAGGAGCUACUGCAACAAUGGCCCGACAGACACACCCAGCAAGAACCAGGAAGCUGGUCUUCGCACUCACUCCCGCUCCCGCUCCGGCCCUGGCCCCCGCUCCUGCUCCGGCUCUGGCCCUGGCUCUAGCACUCACUCCCACUCCCGCCCCCGCCCCCGCUCCUGCUCCGGCUCCAGCCCCCGCUCCCGCUCCCGCCCCCGCUCCUGCUCCGGCUCCGGCUCUAGCACUCCCACUCCCGCCCUCGCUCCGGCUCCGGCUCUAGCACUCACUCCCGCUCCCGCUCCUGCUCCGGCUCUGGCUCUAGCACUCCCACUCCCGCCCUCGCUCCGGCUCUAGCACUCACUCCCGCUCCCGCUCCGGCCCCGGCUCUAGCACUC